GCCGCGGGGAGGAGGGAGGCCGGGCCGCAGCGGCGGCGGCGGCGCGGCCCAGGGAAGGCUUUGCCGCUGCCUGGUGCUGCGCAGCCCCCGCCGGGGGCCUGCGAGCAACAUGAGAGUAGUGGCUUUAAUCAGUGGUGGGAAGGACAGCUGUUACAAUAUGAUGCAGUGUGUUGCUGCUGGACAUCAGAUUGUUGCCCUAGCUAAUUUAAGACCUGCUGAAAACACAGGGCAGAUUGAUGAAUUGGACAGCUAUAUGUAUCAAACAGUAGGACACCAUGCCGUUGACCUGUAUGCUGAUGCAAUGGAUUUGCCACUCUAUCGUUGUUUCAUAAAAGGUACCAGUGUUAAUACUGGACGAAUGUAUACCACAUGUGCGGAAGAUGAGGUUGAAGACCUUUACCGCCUUUUGAAACUUGUUAAGGACAAGGAAAGAGUGGAGGGUGUCUCUGUGGGAGCCAUUCUUUCUGAUUACCAACGAAUUCGAGUAGAAGAUGUAUGCAGAAGGCUUAAUCUUCAGUCGCUUGCUUUUCUUUGGCGCCGGAACCAAGAAAUUUUACUUAAAGAAAUGAUAUCGUCCAACAUUCAAGCCAUAAUCAUAAAAGUCGCAGCUCUUGGUUUAGAUCCAGAAAAGCAUCUGGGAAAAACACUGGAUCAAAUGGAGCCUUUUCUUUUGGAGCUUUCAGAGAAAUAUGGAGUCCACGUUUGUGGAGAAGGUGGAGAAUAUGAAACAUUCACUCUGGACUGCCCUCUGUUUAAGAAGAAAAUAGUUGUGGAUUCAGCAAAGGUGACUUUACAUUCAGCUGAUGCGUUUGCACCUGUGGCUUACCUUCAUUUUUUAGAAUUACACUUGGAGAAUAAGCAGGGGGAAUCUUCAGACAUGUCCAUGGUCAGUAGCUGUUCUUGUGAGCUAAGUUGCAAUGAUGGCAAUAUUUUACCUUCAUCAGAAGAGGAUGAACCACAGAAAAUGCUUCCUGCCAUCUGGAAGUCAAACAUGAAACAUAAUUCUCUGGAUUUCACUAAGCCAUUUGGAAGUUCAGGAAAAUCCCCGCAUGGUUACCAGUGGUUUUCAGGUUUCACUGCCCACUUUCUUCCAUCGGAAAGCAAAAGUGCUGAAGAUGCAGCAAGGGAAGCGUUUUCUUCCCUCCAAGCUAAUUUGACUUCAGAGGGAUUGAAAUUGGAAGAUAUUAUUUUGGUACAUUUGUACAUGAAGAGCAUGAAAGAUUUCACUGUUAUAAAUUCAGCUUAUGUGACAGAAUUUGAUUUGUGUCCACCAGCAAGAGUAUGCGUGGAAACCCUGUUACCUGACGGAGUACUGUUUUGCAUUGACUGCCUUGCGCAUAAGUAUGAUACUGCGACUGAUCAUACACUGCAUGAUGAAAAACUGGUCAUGCAUGUACAGAGCAUUUCUCACUGGGCACCUGCUAGUAUAGGACCUUACAGUCAGUCCAUCAAGAUUGGAGAUGUUCUUUACUGCGCUGGACAGAUUGCUCUGGUACCUUGUACUAUGCGGCUUGUGCGUGGAGGCGUACGGACGGAGGCCGUAGUUUCCCUCCGUCAUGUGGAGAGAGUUCUUCAAGCCAUGAGCCAGCACGCUGCACUCCAGCACGUCCUCGCUGCCAGCUGUUACGUAACUGACAGCAAGUACAUUCCUGUUGCUCAUGCUGUAUGGCAGAGGAAAUUAAGAGAAUGUAAAAAGGAAGAAGACUCAGAGACAUAUAAUGAUACACCUACAGUGUGUGGGAUGCUUGCUGUGGUUGUAAUACCUCACUUACCCAGAGAUGCUGCCAUUGAAUGGCAUGUCAUUGCAGUAGUUGACAAGCCAAUGCAAAGAAAACAUUUUGCAAUGAAGAUGUUGUUGGAGGGCUUUGAGAUUGAAUGUGAAUCUGUGGAGUCCAGUUCUGCAUCUUGUGCUUCAAUCUCUGUACGUCUGAGCUUGAUUUCACCUUCUACUUCGCCACUCAAUUUAGAUGGACUUCUUCAUGACAUAGUUGUUACGUUUAGACAAGCUGUUGAGAAACUUUCUGAAGACUGCAGUGCAAUUCCUCUGUCUUUCAGAGCUUUUUUCAAGAAAGAUUUCUUUGAUCCUCGAGUACUACAAACAGGACUGCAAGAAUACCUUGAACAACAUCUGGGCAAGAAGACCCCAGCUCUGAUUUUAGUACCUGUGAUGGAUUUACCUGGAAAGGAAGUCAUUCAUAUAACAUGCUGGCUAAGCUAGUAGUUUAAAAGAAGUGAAUUACUAUCAAAGCACAAAUUCCAUCCAGCAAAGAGCAAAGAAAAUAAAUGACCAUAACUGCAUUGUGUAUUUUCAUUAAGCACCAUUGUUUGAAGUAAGCAAAGUCACACUUAGCUUGUUAAUGAUGCCUCAUGAUAUGUGACAGUCAACUUUGUAUGAACAAUAAAGGUGAUUUUUUAA